AUGGGCAAGGUAAAUGCUGCAACGGCGGCAUCUACUUUCAAGUCCACAUUCAGAAACUUGAAGCUCGUGCUACUUGUUGGAAUAUGCGGCGGAGUGCCCGAAGGCGCUAACAGAGAGCAAAUAGUUCUUGGAGAUGUGAUUAUCGGAACCAGUGUCGUCCAAACGGACUUUGGACGGCAAACCCCAAGUGGCUUCAACAGGAAGGACACAACCCGAGACAACUUGAGGAAACCGCCACCCGAGAUUGGAUCCUUCCUUGCGAAAUUAGAAUCUGACAAACAGAAUAUCACCGCAACCACGUUAAGCUAUCUCCAUGUGCUCCUUGACAAGCCCGAUUUUGGGACCGCCAGAUUUCCUGGCGCACACGAGGACAAGGUGCUGGCCGGAAGUCCCCCCAAGAGUUCUCGAGAACGAUCCCAUAAUGAGCCUAGCAUUCACUUUGGCGCUGUUGCAGCCAGCGAUUCGGUUAUGAAGUCUGGCACUGAUCGUGACAGAAUUGCAAAGGCGGAAAAGGUCAUUGCUUUUGAGAUGGAGGCGGCCGGGUUAUGGGACCAGCUUCCUACGCUUAUUGUCAAGGGCGUAAGUGACUACGCCGAUUGCCAUAAGAACGAUAUGUGGAGAGAGUUCGCCUCUGCGAGCGCAUGGGCAUGUACCAAGGCAGUGACAGAGAAAUGGGAAAAGCAAGCCACCAAGGAGCAAUAUCGAAUUAAGAAUCAAUGGAACAACAAUGGGGGCACCAAGGUCAUGUUCCAAUCGGAUACAGUCAAUUUAUCUGGGACUCACACUUGGAGUUUAUAG